AUGGCUCUUCCGGAAAUAGGGUCUUCAUCUUCUUCACCAAUUAGUGGUCAUACGUAUGACGUAUAUUCAAACUUUAGAGGUACCGAUAAUCGAUAUAGUUUCACUGAGCACCUUAAUAAAGCCCUAGUGGAUGCCAAUUUCACUACCUUCUUUAGUGAUGAAAAGAUUGAAAUAAAGGAAGGUCUGAAACCAGAUCUCGAGAGUGCAAUUAAAGCAUCUAGGGCAUCUGUUAUCGUGUUGUCAAAGAAUUUUGCUACUUCCGCAUGGUUCCUUGAAGAAUUGGUGCAGAUCCUUGAACAACGUAUGACAUCCAAUCAUAUUGUUGUUCCCAUCUAUUAUCGUAUUGAGCCCACCGAAGUCGAGAAGGUACAUCGUACAUUCCGAGAAGAGCUGGCUCGGAUUUUACACGAGAUGAAGUUUGUGACCGAUACAAGUCAAUGGGCUCUACAGAUGGACAGAAAGGGAAAAGCGCUUGCACAACUUGCUGAUUUAAGAGGGAUACUAGUAAAUGACGCAGGUAGCCACUUAAUUUGUAUUGCUUAA